CAUCAAUCUUGUAUGUAAACGAGCCGUUCUUUUGUUUGUGCAAUCUUUGUUUGUUUGAAUCUGAUUUUUUUUAGUUUGGGGAAUACUCGUUAUCUUUUGUUACGAUUUUCUUGCUUGGAAUUUUGGGCUUUCUUUUGAAUGUUUUGCCCGGAAGUCAAUGGAAGAUUUGCUCGAACUUAGGGAAUGGGGGUAAUUUGAUGUUUUCUUUGGCCACGGGUGUUGGGGUUGGCGUUGGGUAUUUGAUGAGCACUGGUGUUAUCAUUUAGUUAGCUUACACGGGCAUAUGAUAUACCACUGUUCUUAAAUUUUUUAUGAGAGAAAUUGUUUUGUGAUUUGUCAGUGUCAUGUUAUUGCUAAUUCACGCAUGUUAUAGUCAUUGUUUAUUUGAGUUUUGAAUCUGUCUUGUGGAUUUGUGAUUGCAAUUUGUAAAUUAAUGGGUUUGUUUUAUUGUAAAAUACGGUUGAUGUUGAACUCGAGCUUUGAUCGGUCUAAUGGUUGUAGAGUCUUUUUUUUUUUUUCUUUUUAUCAUCAUCUGUUUUAAGAGUUUUAUGAAACUUUCUUCUUUUCCAAUCAAGGUCAGUGGUCGCUUUACAUAAUUCUAGUCUCUUGGUUCAUUUUCUCUGUUGUAAUGGCAAUAGCCUUUUCUCUUUUGGUGUGGGGGAUUUUCUUUUUCUUUUUAUUGUUUUGAUGAGAAGCAGUCAAUCUAUGUUUCAUAAAAUGAGAUUACAAAAGGAAUCAAGUGUCAAAAUAUUAACAUGUUUCUCACCAUCUUUGUCUUAAUUUCUUUUUUCUGUGUGUUUUGUUUGAUGGUUAUUAGGAUGUCUUCAUUCUCUGUAGAUGAGACUUCAAAACAAAGUUGUUCUAGUCCAGUGUUAGGAAAAAGAAAACCGGUUAAACCACAAUCAUCGGUAUGGGAACAUUUUACAAAAGUAGAAGGAUGUGAUCCUAAAUAUUCUAGGGCUGCUUGUAAACAUUGUGGGGCUUCGUAUGCCUGUGAUUCCAAAAGAAAUGGUACCACCAAUUUAAAAAGACAUUUAGAGAAAUGUAAGAAUUAUGUAAAUCCAUUGGAAGAUAAUGUUGAAGGAGAGGGAGAUUCUGAAAGUAGUUUGAUGGCUACAUCCUUCACUCAAGAAAAUUGUAGAACAAUGCUUGCUAGGAUGGUUAUCUUGGAUGAAUUGCCAUUUAAGUUUGUAGAAAGUGAAGGGUUUCACCAAUUUUUUUCGGGCAUUAAAUCCAAAGUUUGUGAUUCCAUCAAGAUUAACCGUUGCAAAGGAUUGUUUUCAAACUUAUAUAAGGGUGAAAAAAAGUUAAAAAAUUCAUUAACUCGAAGUGGCCAAAGAGUUUGUUUAACAACAGAUACAUGGACUUUUGUGCAAAAUAUCAAUUAUAUGGUUAUAACGGCUCAUUUUAUUGAUGAUGAUUAGAACUUGCACAAAAGAAUUUUGAACUUUUGUCAAAUAGCUAAUCAUAAAAGAGAUACAAUAGGUAGAGCCAUUGAAAAGUGCUUAGAAGGUUGGGGUUUUGAUAGGCUCUUUACUGUAACAGGUAAUAAUGGCCUACUUGGUUAAAAAGUUUAAAGGUAGAAAUGGGUUGGUGUUGGAUGGUGAAUUUAUUCACAUUAGAUGGUGCCCAUAUUCUUAAUUUAAUUGUUGGUGAUGCCUUAAAAGAUUUGCAUGUGUCUAUCAUUCGAAUUAGAAAUGCUGUGAAGUAUGUUAGGUCAUCUUCGGCUAGAUUGCAAAUAUUUAAAGAUUUUGCUAAAGAAGAUAAGAUGUCAACAAAAAAUUGUCUUAUGAUGGAUGUUCCAACACGAUGGAAUUCUACUUUCACUAUGUUGGAUGGAGCAAUUAAGUGUCGAAAGACGUUUGAAAGAUUAGAGGAGCAUCCCUAAGUUAUUUGCUAAAGGAUGGUAUUCCUACUGCUGAAGAUUGAGAUAAUGCAAAAGUAUUUGUAGAGUUCCUAAAGACUUUUUCAGAGGUAACAAUGAAGUUUUUUGCAUCUAUGUCUGUGACUUCAAACAUAUUUUUUCACGAACUUUGUUUGAUCCAAGAAAUAAUUCGUGAAUAUUCAUUGUAUGAGGAUGCAUUAUUGAGUCAAAUGACAUUAAGCAUGCAGACAAAAUUCAACAAGUAUUGGGGUAUAACUACAAGUGAGAAGAUCAAUUUAUUAUUGUAUGUUUCUGUUGUUCUUGGCCCUAGGUACAAGCUGGCUUUUGUGAAUUAUUGUUUUAAUGAAUUUUUGGAGGAAGAUUGUGCAAAAAUAUGGACGAAUAAGGUUGAAGAAGCAUUUCGUCGAUUGUGUGAUGAUUAUUAUAUAAGAUUGUCAAAAGAAAAAUAUUCACAAACACAAUCAUGUACACCUAUCGAAGGAUUUGGCUUUCAAAGUCAAAGUGAAAUACCUUCUAUCUCAUCUUCUAAUGGAUUUUAUAAGGCACGUGCUGCUGUUCAUGAUAGAUUUAAACAAAGUAACAAAACAUAUCUAGAUGAUGCUAAAACAGAGGUGGCUCGUUAUCUGGAAGAGGCUCAAAUAGAGGAUGAAUAUUUAGAUUUGCUAAAUUGGUGGAAGGUGAAUUCCUCUCGAUUUAAGAUCAUUAGCCAAGUAGCCAGGGACAUCUACAAUAUUCCUAUAUCAACUGUGCCUUCUGAGUCCGCCUUUAGCACUAGAGGACGGGAGUUAGAUUCUUUUCGAAGUUCUUUAACUCCUCAAACUGUAGAGGCGCUCAUUUGUGCUCAGAAUUGGAUUCAUUCUAAACCUUUGGAUGACAUGACUGAAGAAAUUGACGGGGUGAAGAAAUUGAUGUAGGUAAUAUUCUUUUUGAAGUACGCAUUUAAAAUUUUCAAUUAUCCCAUAUAUGCUAAUAGUUUCUCAUUUUGAUCUAGAAUUUAAACAUAGGAAAGGAGAUGGAAGCCGCAUUUGAGAAUCUGAAUAAUGACUCUAUGGUUUAGACUUUAGCUUCGCUUUCGUUUGUGAAACCUAAUGUUUUAUUCGAUGUUGUUAUCGCCAUUCCUUGCGCUACCAGAACUAUUACGAUCAUCUUCAUUCUGCAAACCACAAACAAAUUGCAUUUCUAUUAACAAAGUAAAUAAGUGGAAUAAGUCAAUAGGCUAUAACGUCUUACUAAGAAUGUCAUUAGGGGAGUUUUACUAAUUAGUUGGUAACUUACUUAGAAGUUGGAAAAUUUUAUAUAAGGAAAGUGUUGGCUUAGUUUGAUAAUUACUUAACUUUUAUAGUACUUUCUAAUAAGUGUAAUUUAUGAAAUAUCAGGUCUAAUAUAAAGUGAAUUAGAGUCUGAUAAAGCUCUAGGAAUGGACCCCAAGCACACGGUAGAAAUUUUGAAGCAUUUGGAGAAGCAGGAUGAGUUUCUUAUGGAUGCUUAUAGAUCAAUGUCCCAUGAACUACAUAAACUUCAGGUCGAAGAAGAAAUGCUGAUGCGCAAGUUUUAUGAAAUAAUGUCAGCUCAUGGUCUAGUAAAGAAGAAUGAAGAUGAUCGUAAUAGUUCUGGCAGCGCAAGGAAUGGCGAUAACAACAACAUCGAAUAAAUUGCCGCAGCCACUCGGUCCAAGGAAAGUCUCAAUGUGACUCACAUGUAUUUACAUUUUGUUGCCUUAGUAUAAAUGAAACAUUCUUUUCAAAUAUAGAAAGUAGAAAGGAAAAUGUACUUAUUUAAUUCAUUAAUCAUUAUUACAUACAUGAAUAAUAAUUAAUAGAUUGUAUUGGAUAUCAAAAAUAUAACCGAACUUAAAAAAUUUAAUAA